CCACGUCGUGUCCAUUGGAUCCAGCUUUCAUCGAAGGCGUGUCGUGAAGAACUUGGGCCGGCAACAAGCAACCGACAUUGCUCGAGUCUAUCUUCAGCUGAAGAAGAGACUGCCUUCUUCAAGUCAGGGUGAAAGCAAUGGUUUCUCAGGUAUCAAUGGAUAAAACUGUUACUGGAUAUCUGUAGAUAGUACUGUCUUUUCAAGCAUCAUAUACAGACAUUAUUGGGCAUCUCUUGGCGCAUACGCAUUUGGUUCUGAAGAAUGUUGUUAUGAACCUUCACCUCCAAAUCACAAUAGCAAGAGUACAAGAAUAAUCUGGGUACAAUUUUGAAGGAGAAUCGAAGAGAUUGGGAAGGAAAUAACAAGAAUUAGGGAUAGGGAUCAAGAACAGCAAGCUAAUAGGAGAGCAAUCUUGAGGAGGAGGAAGACCUCGUUCUGUUGUUCGAUGCCGUCCCCGUCAUGGUCCUAUGCUUUUGUAUCUUUUGCCGUUCCCCUACCUGGCCCCACCUGGCAGCCACUCCUGAGAGGCCCUGUCCGUGACAUUCCCCGCCGCUUGAAAUGUGGCUUGCCCCCAAGCCGUAACCACCAAGGUCCCAUCGAAAUUUGAAGUAGUGUGUCGCCUUUGGUUGGUCGAUCAUGACAUAGUUCAGCAAUCAAUUCGUACCAUGCCGCUUGAGCCCCAGCCGAGAUGGCUGCCUGCACUGAUCCUUGACAACUCCAAAGUGACCACAUCUCCCUCCUUGAGUGGUGGCACCAUCGCCGAUGAACAGAGCUACUGAAGAUGAUAAGGUACUGUUGCUUCAUAGCAAUCAAGUUGAUAAGGUAUGCAUCAUGCUGCCAGUUCAUAGCCACAAAGAUGAUCAACGGCUUACAUGCAAAGAUGGCACUCAACUGAAGAUCACUAGUAUUUUCUUGGCGGUGACAUUGAUCUGAAUCAUGUAACUCCACGCAACAGAAGUCAAUUUGAGGAAAUAUCUCAACUCUAGAAUCACGCAUGCCAUGUAUAGAAAUCCAUGUACUAUCAAGUUCAGGAAGUUGUUGUAGAUCAUGGCAAGACUGUGAUCCUACCCAUAGAAGCAUGUCUUCUAAAUGUCUCCAUAGCUGGUGAGCACCCCAUACAUCAAGAGCACCAGAAAUGCCUAUAGGACUACUCAUGCCAUUAACAGAAAUAUAUGCAAGUAAAUAUGCAUAAAGUGGCUUCAGAACCUUGCAUGCAAUUGCUUCAGACCACAAGAGCAGUUUCUUUGAAUUUGUCCAUAACCAGUGAGCGACCAAUGCUUGUUCAAAUGCAUCAAGAGCACUAAAGGUGACUGCACAUACCUUCAUAAGCUUUGCAUAUAGGAUGGCAAAAUGCAUGAUUUGAAUGUUGACCAAUGAACUGGUUGAUUCAUUUCUUUGGUGCCAUAUCAAUACUAUAAGGGACUGAAAUGUGCUUGAUUUGCAAAGAAUUCUGAAGCACAGUAUCAAAUGCCAGUCAUAAUCAUGGAUGCCUACUCUCCAUAAGCAUGUUGCCAUAUUGUCAGAUAACCAGCCAGCGAUUUGCACAAUCAAAAAGCUUUCCAUCAGCUUCAUAUGAGAACAGCUAACAUCAUUCCAUAAUAAUUCUUCCAAGGCAUGUAGGGAAACAAGGGAAUUGUAGAAUUGAUGCAGAUCUGAACUCCAUAUCUGGAUAGGUGGUGACCAAGGAAUUUUCCAUUGAAUGCAUAAAGCAUAGGCUCUGUGCUUAUAUUUCUUGUAGUCAUCAGACUGUAGCUUUCCAGGAAUGCACUGAGCAGGUCUAGCUGUGCAGCUAAGCAUAAAGAUAUCUCUAAUUGCACCACUUAGCAACAAAAUAGUGAUCAUGUAAGGAGAUUGCAAUGCAGAGCCAACCAACUCAAUGCAAUGUGUCCAGCAAUGUUUAUUGAGCUGACAUUGGAAGGACAUCAUCUUGCACUCCCUCUCCGAACAACAAAACACCAUUGACAGUAAUUUUUCCAACUGCACAGGAGGUGGCCAUGGUGGCCUUUGCUGCACCCGAGCCCAGCCACAACUGAAUGGCGACCAGAAAAUGAAGCAUACUUGAAUUGUGUCAUAAAGCAAACUGUCCUGACUAGCAGGCGGCCAAGGCAUUGCUGAAUUGGGAUCAGUCAUUAUCGCAAGCCACUUGUAGUCCUUAAGAACAUCGAUGGCAACACUAACCAUAUCAGCACCAAUCGAGUGAUGAGGAUAGCAGCUGCUGAUGUACCUUAUUUUCCCGCACUUGAGUAUGCAACCCUUAUGAACGUCGAGUGGGAAAUCAGCUGAGCACAAAACCGGAGUGAUGUUGUGGUUGAGGCAUUGCAUCGAACAUGUUGUGGGCGAGAUGCUGGUGACCUCAUCUUUCCUCAAGAUGAGCUGCUCUGGGUGGAAGAGCGGGGCCUCCAUGCCGACGGUGAGGGAUAGGAGCACGCCACCAUGGUUCUUGGCGACGAGUGGCGAGGACGCAAUGGAGGCGAGGCCGAAGAAGUCAUGGCGGAGGAAGACGGCCGUGCUGUCACGUCGCUCCCUCCAGCGAUGCCAACGGAGACGAGCACGUCGUGGCCGGACUAGAGGCCGAGGUGCUCCCGCUCCUCGUCGUCGUGGACGAAUGCGAGCGCAGUGGUUCCGGCGGCGAAGUCGAUGUAGUGCCGCACCUGGUCGGCUAACCGCGAUAGAUGCUGCUCGAACUUGCGCGCCAACCAGCCUGGCUGCGAUAGUGGUACGAGCCUCCCGUGUGGCACCCGCAGCCCCGAAGACGGUCGUGCGGACAUGGUGCUCCCUCCUGAUGGUCUUGGUGAUCUUCUUCUUCGCGGCGAGGGACGGCGGCAGCGGAAGCCGAACUGAGAUUGCGACUGCGGUGGUGGGUGGAGUCGGCGCGUAUGGUGUGGGCACCACGGCGCGCGCCGAUGAAGGGGUCGUGGCCGGUGUCGGGGCAAAGGAGUUCGGCGAGGUAGUCGUGGCCGCGGCCGAGGACGCUGCCAGCGUGGGCGGCGUAUAUGUAGACGUGGCCGAGGGUGCUGCAGGCGGGCGCGACGCAGCUGGUGUCGUGGCCAUCGUCGUCGGGGCGGAGGUCGUCGAAGCCGUCGGCGAGGGCACAGCAACCGGAGUUGGGGAUGCCCGCGAAGAUGGUAAAGCUGAGGACGCCGACGACCCUGUCCCAGAAGCGUCAAGCGUCGCGGGAGAAGUCGGUGGUGCCAGCGACGAGGUCGAUGAAGGAGCCCGUGCCGCGGUCGCGGACGCGGCGGUCGCAGGGGCGCUACUCAUCCGUGCCAGCGCCUCCUCCAUCCUCCGCAACAUCCGAUCCAUUCGCUUGGAAAGGGCAUCGAUGGCGGCAGACUCAGAGUCUGUGGCGGUGAAAGGCGUGGAAGCCAUGGCGCUCGAUCCGGUGGAGAGGAAGGUGGGAUUGGGGGGAAAAUGGGUAGAGAAGAACAAGGCUCUGAUUACCAAUUGUUAUGAACCUUCACCUCCAAAUCACAAUAGCAAGAGUACAAGAAUAAUCUGGGUACAAUUUUGAAGGAGAAUCGAAGAGAUUGGGAAGGAAAUAAC